ACCAGAACUCAACUUCAUCUUUAAAUUAAACAUAUCCAUUUAGAGCUGGAAUAAUACACUCAUGAAUAUACCGGCCAGUGAUCUUGAUUCCCUUCUCGUUGCAGUCGAAGGUGGGGCCCCAACACUGAUGCAGGACAUAAGACCUAUAUCCCUGCCGGAGCCCUUUCAACCAUCAUCAGCACCAUACCUCUCCCGCCCAAGAAAACGAACCCAAUGUUCCCAAACUCCUGCAGGGCAUGAGACCAAUACGCCUGGAGCCAGUGAACCAUCAUCAGCACCCUGCCCCUCCCGCCCCAAGAUACGAGCCGUCGCCAAUCCCCCUCAACAACCAGACACAGUACCCAUGCGAAUACCCCAGCAAACCAGCGAUGAGAUUACGGAGAUCAAGCUAAGGGACGUUUCCAUCAAGCUUGGUGGCGAGUGGAGGACGGUUGGAACUUAUUUAGGCUUUGGCAACUCUCAGAUUGAGGUUAUGCAGGAAGAAUAUCGAGUCGUUAAGGAAUGUAUCUUCCAGAUGUUACUACAAUGGCGAAAAACCAAUGGUGUCAAGGCUACAAAGGAAAAAUUUAAGAAGGCACUGAGGCGAUCGCAGCGUGAAGAUUUGGCAGAUUUCAUAGACGAAGCGGAUGAUUUAAUCCUAGCUAACUGACAAAAACUUUGAUGAUAUGACAGACUGAUGAAGCAAUUCCAGAGUCAUGUAAAAGUGCUCCUCUCCCCCCCCCCCCCCCCCCCCCCCCCCCUCUCAUUUUUUUGUGCUUUGGCGGCACUUAUGUCCUUGGGCAGGACGUUAAAUGGCAACCUGGCAAAACUACUUGGCAAUAAAUUAAUGCAAUAAAGCUUUUUAUACUUUUUAUACUUUUUA